AUGACCGGUUCCACUUACAACAAAGAGCAGCUAGCUGCAAAGCUUUAUUCAUCCAUUCAACCGUUCCUAUUCUACAGUCAACUGCUAUGUAGUGCCCCAUAUCCGGUCGCGAUGUUGCAGUCCUCUUCCCAUCAGAGCCUUGUGUAUCAAUCAAACUUCAAGCUAGCACGCUGCUUUCUCACUACAUCGCUGAUGGUCUGUAUCGCUCUCUGCAAUUUGGAGGUAGUGAUUGCUAUGGUUUCCGUAUCACUACCCUUCUUCACCGCGACACUCUACUUCAACGUAAUGGUGGCUAAUGUCGCCGUUAGUGUGCUAUCCGUCGCUCGGAGCUACAAAAAGGACGAGGCUUACGAUCGAUUCCUCCAGAAGCUUCUCACCAUAGGCUGUGCACUACAUGAGAACGAAUGGGAUACGUUGCUACCUUAUCUUCGCCAACGACUCCAGUGUGUAUGCGCGUUACUAGCGACCCUCAUCGCGGGCACUGCGAUAUGUGAUAUCGUUCAUUACGGCAGCAUCUACACAACUCUUUUCACGCUUGUAGCCUCUGUUAUGCCUAAUGUUCUGGUUGCACUUUCGCUGCUGCAGUACGCUUACGGCGUGCUGCUUAUCUAUCAGCUGCUGCAGCGCUUCAAUCGUCGGCUCGCGAUAAGAGAGCAGACGCCGGAGAGUGAACUGGUACAGUGGAUCGCGCAGAGUGAAUCGUACUACCUGCAGCUCGCGUCCUGCAUUGAACACAUCGCGCAGUCUUUUGGGCCGCUCAUCGUCGUCAAUACGUUAGCAGUGAUUACUGUUAUCAGCUUGACGCUGCUAGAAAUUUAUCAGUAUCUGCAAAUCAACGACUCGAAACCGAUCUUCAUCAUCUACAAUCUGAUUUGGAGCAGUAUGCUAUGUGUGUUGCUGGUGUUGCCUCUGUACCCAAAUCACUUAUUGAAACAAGAGCAAACACGUCUUGGCACACUGGUGUUCGAAGCCUUUCCUGAAGGCCACGAUUCGCAUGGCGAACGUCGCAUCACACGCUUUGGUAUGCUCACACUGAUCAAAAAGGACGUGUCUGUCACAGCUUGCGGUAUCUUUAAACUAGAUAUGUCCUUACUUUCGUCGAUAUUUGCCGCACUACUUUCGUUCGUCAUAAUACUGAUACAAUUCGAUAAAGCCAACCUUAAUAAGCACUCUGAUGCAGUCACAGUUGUCGAGGGUUUGUACAACUCGAAAUUUUAAAUCUUCCUC